AGAUCGGUGUUCUAUCUACGCAAGGCUGACCGAAGCUUCUGGGCGGAGAAUCAGAAGAGCGAAACGGCGGAGCAGAGAGUCACUCAGGGUUAAUAAUAUUCCGCCGUGGGGGGGAGCGGGGGAGGAUAUACACAUACAUACAUACAUACACACUGCCAACCCGGCGACGAGGUUGGGCCUGCGGUGCCUGCCUACAACCCAGGAAACAUGGAGCUCGAGAAUAUCGUGGCCAACACUGUUUUGUUGAAGGCGAGAGAAGGAGGUGGUGGGAACAGAAAAGGCAAAAGCAAGAAAUGGAAACAGAUGCUUCAGUUCCCUCAUAUAAGCCUUUGCGAGGAGUUACGUCAAACUAUAGAGAAAGACUACAACAGCCUUUGUGAGAGGCAGCCAAUCGGACGCUUGCUCUUCAGACAGUUCUGUGAUACCAGGCCGGAGUUGAGACGCUGCGUCAAAUUCUUGGAUGUUGUGGCCGAGUAUGAAGUAACGCCAGAUGAGAAGAGGAAGGAAUGUGGACAAGAACUCUUAGACAAGUACCUCAGUCCAAAGUCAGAAGACUACGUCCCAGAGGUAACGGAGGAGAUGGUCACUAAGUGUGCAGAGCGCUUGCAGCAGGAGGCAUGUAAAGAGCUCUUUAUGGAGUGCACCAAAUUGAUUCAUGACUACCUGAGCGUGGCCCCCUUUGCAGACUACCUCGAUAGUAUGUACUACAGUCGCUUCUUACAGUGGAAAUGGCUGGAAAGACAGCCGAUCACAAAAAACACAUUCCGUCAAUACAGGGUGUUGGGAAAGGGUGGAUUUGGUGAGGUCUGUGCAUGUCAGGUCCGGGCCACGGGGAAGAUGUACGCCUGCAAAAAGCUGGAGAAGAAACGGAUCAAAAAGAGGAAAGGGGAGUCUAUGGCCCUGAACGAAAAGCAGAUUCUGGAGAAGGUGAACAGUCGGUUUGUUGUGAGUCUUGCGUACGCAUACGAGACGAAAGACGCCCUGUGUUUAGUGCUCACACUGAUGAACGGAGGAGAUCUGAAGUUUCAUAUCUAUCAUAUGGGUGAGGCGGGUUUCGAUGAGAAGAGAGCUGUCUUCUAUGCUGCAGAGAUCUGCUGUGGUUUAGAAGAUCUCCAUAGAGAGAGAAUAGUGUACAGGGAUUUGAAGCCGGAAAAUAUAUUGUUGGAUGAUCAUGGUCAUAUACGUAUAUCAGACCUGGGCUUGGCUGUGCACAUACCAGAAGGUCAGACAAUCAAAGGUCGCGUGGGCACCGUGGGGUACAUGGCCCCUGAGGUGGUGAAGAACGAGAGGUACACAUUCAGUCCGGACUGGUGGGCUCUCGGCUGUCUCCUCUAUGAGAUGAUCGAGGGCCAGUCGCCCUUUCAGCAGCGCAAGAAGAAAAUCAAACGUGAGGAGGUGGAGCGGCUGGUCAAAGAGGUGGAGGAAGAAUAUUCCAGCAAGUUCUCAGAAGACUCCAAGUCGCUCUGUAAAAUGCUGCUAGCCAAAGACCCUAAUGAGAGGAUCGGCAGCCAGGGGGGCGGAGCCUCCGAGGUAAAAGCCCACCCCAUUUUCCGUUCCAUCAACUUCAAGCGUCUUGAAGCAGGCAUGCUCGAAGCUCCCUUUAUUCCAGAUCCUCAGGCCAUCUACUGUAAGGAUGUGCUGGACAUCGAGCAGUUCUCCACAGUGAAAGGGGUGGAGCUGGAGCCCAAAGAUGACUCCUUUUACAGCAAAGUGUCCACUGGAUGUGUUCCCAUCCCCUGGCAAAAUGAGAUGAUAGAGACGGAGUGCUUUAAAGAGCUCAACGUGAUAAACUUGGACGGCACUGUGCCACCCGACCUCGACUGGAGAGGUCAACCUUCACCCCCACCCAAACAGGGCUUACUUCAGAGACUCUUUGGAAGACAGGAGUGCUGUGGAAAUUGCAGCGACAGUGAGGAGGAGCCGACACGUCUGUGAAGGCGUGGCCUGUGCGGGACUCCUCCCCUACACCGCUGAGGAUCUCAUUUGUUUACAGUUUUUGCACAUUUGUAUUUUUACGAUAGCUCUAUAUAAAUAUUGGAAUGUAUAUUUUCAUUAUAUAGCCAUGCAGUGUAUCUUAUUUAAAAUCAUCAUGUGAAAAGGACAAAAAAAAACGGGUCACGGUUAUUGUUCUUUAUCAUGUGUCAAAUACGGCGAGGACAGAUCAUUCAACACUGUACGAGUCUCGAAGCCGACUGACCCGACCACCGAUGCUGUACAGGUACAUGUCACCAGUACAUGCCGUAUCGCAGCCUCUUUGCGCUUUUCUUUUCUGUUAAUUCACACACGUGUACAGUAUGCACUCGGAAAUAUUUGUUUUAAGACACGGGGAGCAAAGGAAAUUUGCUUUUGCAAAUAUUUUUAUAUUUAUAUUUUGAAUUCUUUUAUUUUCUUAUGGUAAUAUUGACAAUCAAAUGACACCAUUUGUAUUAAACAGUGAAACGUGCAUUAAUGGAUCAAAGAAAAGCAAAAACAGGACGCGACUGAGUAACAGAGGGAAAUUUUAACAUCAUAAAUUGCGUAAGGUGACUUCGCUAGAGAUACCUAGUAAACCAAAUAGGUGCGACUACUAUAUAAGUACAAUAACAUCUGGAGACGGUCGAUCGUGCCGAUCAUGUUGUAAAUACAAGACACUCAUCUGUAAAGUCUUCAGUGCGUCUUCCUGCAAAUUUCUCACUGGAUGAAUGGGGGGAAAAACAUCCUGGUUAUAGUUAUGUGUGCGUGUGUUACAUACUGAAUCAAAACGUGAGGCAUUAUUAUCCAUUUAUGAUAUACUUCAAGAUAUGUGAGCGGUAAUAACAUAACAUGACAUUGUCAGAUUCAAACUCUGAAGACUAAAAGACUUCAGUACCCAACACAUUUCUACAGAUAAUCAGUGCUUAAAGGUUGAACACGAUAAUAUACAUUAAAAAUUGUGUUUUUUAGUAGUUAAUAGUAGAUUAAAAAUGUAAUUUUCAUGUGCUGCAUAGAAUUUAUUUGCUGCUUUUUUACAUGUAGGUCAAACAAAAAUAAUUUGCCAAAAAUAAGUUUUGUUUUUUGUUUCUUUGUUUUAUUUUUUAUUUAUUUUUGUUUUAUUUAUUUUUGUUUUGAUUUUCUUUUGUUUUGUUUCUCUGUUUUUUGUUUGUUUUUGUUUUGUUUCUUUUGUGUUUCUGUUUUUUUAUUUUUUCAGUUUUAUUUAUUUUUUGUCUUGAUUUUCUUUUGUUUUGUGUUUCUGUUUUUUGUUUUAUUUUUUCAGUUUUGUUUAUUUUUUGUUUUUUUUUCUCUGUUUUUUGUUUGUUUUGUUUUGUUUCUUUUGUGUUCUGUUUUUUGUUUUGUUUAUUUUUUUUCAGUUUUGUUAAUUUUUUUCAGUUUUGUUUAUUUUUUUGUUUUGUUUUCCAAUCUCCUGCACUCACAAUAAGCUCUUUGUUUGCUUGGAAAUUAGGGCUGUCAAAAGAUUAAUCGCGAUUAAUCGC